UGUUUCCCUCUCUCGUCAUCAAACUCGGAUGUUUUCCUUUUCGUCCGUUUCCCACUAAACGGCCCUAUUUCUAUGCCCCAAGUUUUUUAAUCUUUUUAAACAAUCACAGCCCCCCCAUCUCUCUCUCUCUCUGCCUCUGUCAGUGUAGGGAAAUCCGGAAAUGAAGGGAUCAAAUGGUUUCCGUAGUGUUCUCUCUAUCCAACUUCUCUUCAUUGUACUUUGUCUAUUCAUUGCCAGUUCUUCCAGCCUCAAGAUGGGAGAGACAUGUUCAUCUAACAGCAGCUGUGAUGCCGGAUUAAGUUGUCAAAGUUGUUCUGCUAAUGGAAAUACCCGACAGAGAUGCACCAAGAUCCAGCCAUUGAUUCCAUCAUCAAAAGUCAAGGGUCUGGCAUUCAAUAAGUAUUCAUGGUUAACAACACACAACUCUUAUGCUCUUAUGGAUGCUCUAUCAGAUACUGGUUCACCUCUGUUCUCUCCUAGAAAUCAAGAAGACACGGUUACUACACAGCUUAAGAAUGGGGUUCGGGGACUCAUGCUAGACAUGUAUGAUUUCAUGAAUGAUAUCUGGUUAUGUCACUCCAUUGGUGGUACCUGUUACAACUACACAGCAUUUCAACCUGCAAUCAAGGUGUUGAAAGAGAUAGAAACCUUUUUGGCAGCAAAUCCAUUAGAGGUUGUCACUAUUUUUAUUGAGGAUUAUGUGACAUCCCGACAAGGCUUGACAAAGCUUUUUAAUGCUUCUGGCCUAAGAAAAUAUUGGUUUCCUGUAUCUAAGAUGCCUAAAAAGGGUGAAGAUUGGCCAACAGUUGAUGAUAUGGUCAAGCAGAAUCAGCGUUUAGUGGUCUUCACUUCCAAAUCAAAUAAAGAGGCUACUGAAGGAAUUGCCUACAAUUGGAAAUAUGUAGUAGAAAAUCAAUAUGGAGAUGAUGGGAUGAAAGCAGGUCUAUGUCCAAAUCGAGCUGAAUCAUCUCCUAUGAACACAAAAACGGUAUCCUUGGUUCUUCAGAAUUACUUUCCUACUAAUCCAAACGUAACAGGAGUUUGCUUGGACAAUUCAGCUCCAUUAAUUAGCAUGACCAAUACUUGCUAUGAAGCAUCUGGCAAACGGUGGCCAAACUUCAUUGCUGUUGAUUUUUAUCAGAGGAGUGAUGGUGGGGGAGCCCCAGAAGCUGUGGAUGAAGCAAACGGACACCUUACUUGUGGAUGUGACAAUAUUGCCUUCUGCAGGGCAAAUGCUACAUUUGGUACAUGUGAUGUUCCACCAGCUGCACCUCCUCCACCUGCUGCUGCUGCUGGAGGAAACUCACGAGUUCCUAGUGUCACUCCCUCCAACGUUGCUUCUUUGGAUAGGAAGCCGGUUCAACUAUGGUGGCUGAUCGGAACAAUCUUGAUGAUGGCACUUCUAUUAUGAUUGUAAUUAUGCUGAUUUGCGCAUUUACACGUAACUUUUUAAACCUUUCAGAAAUAUUGUUUGAUGGAUGAAUUUUGCCAUACUCGUGACGUCCUCGUAUCGAUGGUUGCUGUCUAUAAGAUAAUGGUAUACAUCGUACACACAUUAUUAUUUGAUGAUUUAUGUGCUUUGAUUUGCAAGCGCAUGACAAA